CGUCAAGGACGAUCCGCGUAAAAAGUGGCACGCUAAUGCCUGCACUCUGAUCGAAGAUGGCAAGGAGAUUGUGUACGGCGGAAGAGGAGCAUCCAGCAGUUUGGACAGCGCAACUAGGUACGGCGCACUUCAUCCCGAGGGAGUAGAAGAGGACGGGCUACCUCUUGAUGGGGACCAACAGGUCACAGG